GUUUUGCCCCACGAAGAUGAACUGGGCGGCCGCUACGUGCUGGGCUCUGCUGCUGGCGGCUGCCUUCCUCUGCGACGGCAGUGCAGCCAAGGGCGGCCGUGGAGGGGCCCGGGGCAGCGCCCGGGGAGGGCGCGGGGCGUCGAGGGUGCGCGUGAGGCCCGCGCCUCGCUACAGUGCCCCGGGCUCCUCCCUGCGCGUGGCAGCCGCGGCGGCUGCGGGGGCGGCUGCGGGGGCGGCCGCGGGCCUGGCGGCGGGGACAGGCUGGAGGAGGGCGGCGGGGCCGGGGGAGUACGGCCUGGAGGACGACGAGGACCGGGUGCCUGGUGGCAACGGGACUGGACGGGGCGUCUACAGCUACUGGACUUCGGGCACAGGGCCGGGGCCACGCCUCUGCCUGCUGCUGGGCGGGGCCCUGGGCGCCCUGGGGCUGCUGCAGCCCUAGGCCUGGCUGGGCUCCGGGACCAGGUCCGGCCCACAGCCCACGCCGCCACGCAGGUCCCUCUGGCCCACUCGAGGCCAUCGCACUGGCCACCCCUCCCCUUGGCUGCCCACAGUCUUGGGGCCCAGAGGCCUGCCUGGGCAUUCUAGCCAGGGGGCAGGAGCUGCAGCCUCUCCUACCCAUGGACCUGCUGUCCCCCAACUUGCCCAAGCCACUCCCCAAACUCCCUAAUUCCCACCUACCAGGGACCAGCAGCCUUGUGGGCUCCAGGGUGUUAGGGUCCCCCAGCCAGAAGGGCAGGCAGCAGCCUGUGGCUCCCGUACCAACCAGCCCUCCAUGCUCCAGAGCUGCCCACAGGAAGGUGCCAAGGCCAGGCUCAGGCCACUCCUCCCCCAGGCCCUACAUGGACACAGCUGGCCCCCAGAAGCCACCCUCAGGUUGGGCUGACUCUGCCCCAGAAGCAGACAAUGGGCCAGAGGAAUUCAGGAUUUGGGGAAAAGGGAGGGGGGAGAACAUGCACUCCAGCAGUGCAGGAAAUGUUCGGUGCUAACCUCGGCCCAGAGGAGCAGAUCCUGAGGCUUCACAGCCCAGGAACAUUCCCACGCGGGGAAAACCAUCCAUCCCAGGAACGCCUGUCUGGGCUGCCGAACUCGGCUGCCCACGGAGGCUGCCUGGGCCUUGCGGGACGAGCCCUCACACGAGGCCGUGUGCCCUCCUCCAGGCAGGCUCCCUGCAAGACCCACUGCCAGGAGCGGUUCCCCUCUCCCUCGGAGCCUCUUUGUUCCAACCACUUGAAGUCAGUCACUUUCUUGGGACCCAUUUUGGGCAAAGAAAAGAACACAUUCCAGAGCUUCCGCUUUCCUUUGAACUUCAGGUUCCCACUCGGGGUCACACAGUUCUCACCUCUACUCGGGUAUGGCAACUGCCAACCCCACGCAAGAGCCCUCCCUGGGCACAGCCCGAGCUGCACGGCUCCUGGACUUCCCAGCGGGCAUCCGCUUCCUGGAAGCAGCUGGACUAGGUGACAGCCUGCUUGGCAGAGCCAGAAGCUCAACUGAGACCCACGGGCCAACCAUGGCCACCAGCAGGUCCUGGGAUCAAGGGUGACCACAGCAGGGGGCCAGUACCCAGCAGGUGCAGCCAGCGCCAAGAAGAACUCACAGAAGGCUGAGCCCCUUCACCACUGCGGGUGGUCUGGCUGCCCAGGGCCUUCAGGAAGCGCUGGGUGCUCCUGGCUGGGCUUUUUACAUCUCUGUGCAGAAGACCGGCCCUUUGCUGCUCUGCUGCCUGCCAGCCUGGCUCGUCCCCCUGGAGCUCAGCACCACACGGCCUCCGCCCUGUGCCACGUUCUCUAGGUCUCUAACAACCCUCCCCGAGGUAGGUGGGUUUUCCCAGGCCCUGGCACCCUGCAGCUGUGGGAUCUCACCCGCCUGCCCCCUGGGCCACUCAGCUGGUGGACACCAGCGUCAGGCUGGCACCACCCAGGGCCCUGCCAGCCUCCGCUCUCCCCAGCACUCGCGUCUGACCAGGUGAGGGUCUGAAGCUCCUGGCGAGAUCCUGGACCAGCACUUUCCUCCAAACAUCGGGGCCCUAAGCCGCAGGCGGCAACUCCCCGCAGCUCUGCAGGUCCACGCUGCCAGCGUCCUCUGGGCACCAGCUGCUCCUCUGUCCCUUCCGGACCAAACUCGGUGCCACCAAAGACCAGCAAGCCAGGAACAACACCUGCCCAGGGUCCUCAAAGGCAGAGGUUCUGCCAUUUUCCUCAAAGGAGGCAGGAGAGUCUGAGUGUCCCCAGGGCAGGGAGACCCACCAGAGCCCCCUCGGCUGCUCAGACACCCACCGGGACCCUCACGCACCACAGGGCGCAGGAGCCGACGUAGUUCUAGACAUCGGAAACGUCACUCUUCCAUGACAGUUUAUUUGGCGCACUAGCAUUUGGCGCAGCCGUGACUCCGAGUAUGUCCCGCCCAGGCAGGAAGAGGUGGUGCUGGGGGUCAUUCCAGGUACCAAGUGCACAGGGCGUGGGGCAGCCACACGGAGCAGCCACAUCUGGUGGGGCCAGCGGAAGACACCAGCCAGCCCCGAGGAGAGGCGGGACACCCACGCAAGAGGAAGGCCAGCUGCGCACGGAGCACCGGCAGAGACAAAGCCAGGCCACCGAUGGACAAAGAUGAGGCUGGAACUUCAGACCAGGUGGCCCCAGCUCAGGCCCAGCAGCACCUCCAGAGUCUGGCCCCCGCCCAAGCCCCCCGGCCUGCCCCGGCCCUUUCCUAGGAUGCAGGCUGGAGGCAGGAACGUUCAAGUGCAGAUGCCCCGGCUGGGAGGGCCCCACAGCGCCCCCCAGCCCCGCGGAAGCACACGCCCACCAUCCCGUCAGCUAGGAGGUGCUCAGAGGCCGGGGGUCUCCACUGCCCACACCAGGCACCCUCCAGCCCGGACGCAGCGAAGCCCAGCGUAGGCCCUCAAGGAAUGAGCCCCGGGGCACUGAGGGGAGAGGCCCGUCCUUGGGUUUUGCUACUCAAAACCCCUUGUCCCUGUCUGUGAGCACAUUCGAUGGUGUGUGAAAU